AUGGAGGACACCGAAACCUUUACGUUACUCCCGCUUAAAAUGGAUCCGCAAUCCAAAGCUAUCACAUCUACCAGCGGCUCCCGAGCCCUUCAAGAAGAACUGGCGACCCUAAACAACAUCCACCGCUCCUUACUGACCCUUGAUUCGCCCGUCCCACCUCCCCCGAUUCCCGUCAACCCAAAACGCUCCGCAAAUAUCACUAAGCUGCGAGAAUCAGGGAACAACGAAUUCCGCAAAGGCAGACACCCCGAAGCCAUUAGAUUCUAUGACCUAGGGCUACAAAUGGCACUUACUCGGCCAGCGUGGGAACCUAGUGGGCUGGUGAGAGACGAGGUGGCUGGUCUGUACGCAAAUAGAGCGCAGGCGCAUAUGGCAAUGUCGAACUGGGUUGAGGGUUCCGUGGAUGCGGAGUCAAGUGUGGAGGCCAAGAAAGUGGGCAAUGCAAAGGCAUGGUGGAGAAAGGGACGGUGUUUGAUGGAAAUGGGACGUUUAGAGGAGGCCAAGGAGUGGGUUGGACGGGGGCUUGAAAUGGAAGGGAAUGAGGCAGAUUUGGUUGGCCUGCUGAAGGAUAUCGAGGAAAAGAGCAAGAAGGCGUGA